AUGAAGGGGACUGACAUCUUUGACGCAGCUGUGUGGAUUCAAGCCGACAAAGAGAUCUCAGUUGUUUCCCACAAUUACAGGAUCUCCACAAGUGCUACCACAAUUGUGUACCCAACUCAUCAGUUGGGCACAUCAUAUUAUGUGGUAACCCCAGCGGGGAAUGACGCAAACACUUUCAAGGAAUUUGCAGUUGUAGCCUAUGAAUUCCCCACUCAAGUCACUAUUCACCUGAAAGGGGCUGUGACAUUCCAAGGGAAGGUUUAUGCUGCAGGGAGCAGGCUUGUUGCUGACCUCAAAGCCUUCCAAGCCAUCCAGCUGCAAAGCUCAGCUGAUUUGUCUGGCAGCAAGGUUGAAUCCAUUGCGCCCGUGGCUGUUUUGAGUGGGCACAGCUGUGCCAAGCAGUUCUCAUCUUGCGACCAUGUUGCUGAGCAGCUCUUGCCUGUUUCCAGCUGGGGCACCACCUUCAUAGUUCCCCCAGUGCCCUUCCAAACUCAGACUGACAUUGUGUAUGUCGUCGCUUCCCAAGAUAACACUUUGAUCCAGUACCAGUCUGGGGCCACUCCAAGCUCCCGCCGCGCGGUGGCUGGGGAAGUCAUCCAGUUCCAAAUGCAGCCAUCUCAGUCCUAUUUCUUCUCUGCCAAUGCAGGAAUCCAGGUCCUUUUCUUCUUUGCUGGUAACAGCAAGAACUACGACCCUUUCCUCAUCAAUGUUCCUGCUUUAAAAAGCUAUUGCACAUCAUAUCACAUUGAUGGGAUUAAGGCGUUUGAUAAUUUUGCUGUCAUUGUAGCAAAAACCUUAGAUUCAAAUGGGAUCACAUUAGAGAAGCGAGCCAUUACAAAUGCCAAGUGGACACGCAUCCCCGGAACAGAGUAUUCUUUCAGUCAACUUAGCUUGGGCAAAGAAGCCAGUGCCCUCUCUGUAGAGCAUCCCAGCACUCCUUUUGGGCUCUUCAUCCUUGGAGGUGCAUCUGCCGAUGGCUAUGGCUCUGUGGCCCUUUGCUCUUGUGCAAAAUCCUGUCCUGAGAACAGCCAUUAUGAAGCCUGUGGGUCUCCAUGCCCGGCCACCUGCAGUGACACAGUUGGGCCCAAGGACUGUUCCUCGUUGCCUUGUGUGGGGGGCUGCCAAUGCAAUAAGGGCUUUGUGCUGGAUGAAGGGGAAUGCAUUCCCACUACGGUCUGUGGGUGUGUGUUCGAGGGGGACGCCUUCUCCCCGGGUGAGGAGUUCUGGGCAGACAAGACAUGCACAAAGCGCUGCGUCUGUGAUGCAAAAACCAGAGAUGUGAGGUGUUGGGCAACAAGCUGCAGAAGCUGGGAGCGGUGUGAGGUGCAGAAUGGAGUCCAGGACUGUUACCCUUUCAUACAGAAUGCCACCUGCUCUGCUUUCGGUGGCCCCCACUACCUUAGCUUUGAUGGCCAGAAGUUCGACUUCAUAGGCACCUGCGUGUAUCAGUUUGCUGCGCUGUGUGAGAAGCGGAGGGGCCUGGUUGACUUCCAGGUGCUCGUCCAAAAUGACCAUCGAGGCAGCCAGUCUGUAUCCUUUACCCGGCUUGUAGAAGUGAAGGUUGAUGGGGCAUCCAUUGUGAUCAGCAGAGACAACCCUGCAAAAGUCGUGGUGAAUGGAUUGCUGACCAACCUGCCCUUCAGCAUCGGCAACGGCAGAAUCUCCAUAUACAAGAGAGGGCAAGAGGCAGUGGUCCAGACAGACUUCAAGAUGACCGUCACCUAUGACUGGCAAAGCCGCGCCACUGUGACUGUGCCCAGCAGCUACGAUGGCGCCCUGUGUGGUCUCUGUGGGAACUUCAAUGGCAACAAGCAGGAUGAUCUGACCAUGAAAGAUGGCACAGUGGCUCCAAGCCCAUCGGCCUUUGGUCAGAGCUGGAAAGUGCGGGAGGUGCCAGGCUGCAGUGAGGGGGGCAAGGGAGAGUGCCCUGCACGGCUGACCAUCGAGAAACGUCAACGGAGCCUCAACAAAGAGUGUGGGCUCAUCCUAGCCAAGAGCGGCCCCUUCAGAGAAUGUCACAGCAAAGUGGAUCCAGAAGGAUACUUCCAAGAUUGUGUAUACAAUUAUUGCUUCUUUGAUGGCCAACAAGCUGUGAUCUGCCAGGUCAUUGCCAGCUAUGCUUCAGCGUGCCAGGCAGCUGGGGUGACCCUCUAUCCUUGGAGAUCGGACACCUUCUGCAGUCUUUCUUGUGCUCCAAAUAGCCACUACGAGCUCUGCGCUAGCGGCUGCGCCAAGACCUGUGUUGCAGCCCCAUGUCCCACUAAGUGCCAGGAAGACUGCGUGUGCAACAAGGGCUUCGUGCUGAGUGGUGAUCGAUGCAUCCCAGAAUUCCAGUGCGGUUGUCUCCACCAAGGCCAAUACUACCAGGCAGGAGAUACGUUUUACCCCUUGUGUCAGGAACGUUGCACGUGCCAAACUGCGGGGAGUGUGAGCUGCGCUGUAUUCUCCUGUGGCCCCAAUCAGGAAUGCCGGUUGUCAGAUGGCAUUCGGAAAUGCCACCCUGUUGGCAGCGCCACCUGUUCUGCUUCAGGUGACCCUCACUAUCUCUCCUUUGAUGGACUGGCCUUUGACUUCCAAGGCACCUGCACCUAUACCUUGGCUAGUGCCAGCGGAAACAGCCGAGGUUUGAAGCCCUUUAUUGUCAAUGUGGAAAAUGAGGCCUGGGCGGAUGGAAAGGCGUCUGUCACCAAGAUGGUCUCGGUCAGGGUCUACGGCAUGACACUCACAUUACUACAGAACAAGGACGGUCAAGUGCAGGUGAAUGGCCUGUUCUACAAUCUCCCCAUAACCGUUUCUGCUGACCGGAUCAGAGUCUAUCAGCAUGGCACCGAAGUCCUGAUAGAAACUGACUUUGGUCUCAUUGUGAACUACGACCUGGUUUAUGACAUAAAAGUCACAGUCCCAAGCACCUACCAGAACCAAGUGGAAGGCCUGUGUGGGAACUACAACGGGAAAAAGGAGGAUGACUUCCUGCUCCCCAAUGGCAAGACAGCCUCUGACGUAGCUGUGUUUGGCGCUGCUUGGAAAGUUCGGGUCCGUGGGGCAGUUGAAUCUUGCUCAGAUGGAUGCUCUGGAAGCGACUGCCCAGUCUGCGAGGAAAAGAAAAGGGAGGUCUUCAAACAGCGCCACUACUGUGGGAUCCUCACUGCAUCUGAUGGCCCCUUCAGUGCUUGCCACGGAAAGGUCGAUCCCAGGCUAUACUUCAGCAACUGCGUCUACGAUCUGUGCCUGGGUGGCGGGGACAGCAAGGUGUUGUGUGACAGCGUCCAGAGCUAUGUGUCUGCCUGCCAAGUGGCCAAGGUCUCUGUCAAGCCCUGGAGGAGCCCUUCCUUCUGUCCUCUGCGCUGCCCCGCCAACAGUCACUAUGAGAUUUGCGCCCAGCUCUGCGCCACCUCCUGUGCCAAGAUCACAGACUCUACGAAAUGUCCGGAGACCUGUGCUGAGGGCUGCCAGUGUAAUGAUGGCUUUUUCUUUAACGGUGUUGGCUGUGUCUCCGCAAAAGACUGUGGGUGCUUAAAGAAUGGACGCUACUACAAGCAUCGGUCCCUACGGAAGCCUCCUGUUGCCAAAGAUCCAUGUAAAUCCCUGAAGUGCCGAGAAAAGGAAACAUGCAGGAUUGAGAACGGCCAAGCUAAAUGUAUCCCAGACUUCUCAGGAAGCUGCUGGGGCUGGGGGGACCCACACUAUCACACCUUUGACACCUUGAAGUUUGAUUUCAUGGGCACCUGCUCUUACACUAUUGCCAAGUACUGUGGGAACGAUGCUACACUGGUGCCUUUCACUAUCGAUGAGAAGAAUGACAACAGGGGCAACCAGGCUGUGUCCUAUGUGCGUCUGACCAACAUCUAUGUCUAUGGGUACAAGAUCUCCAUCCACAAACUGGAAACUGGAAAAAUCCGGUUAAAUGACAUCGUUACCAGCCUGCCACUGACCCUUGAAGAUGGUAAGAUCAAGCUGUACCAGAGUGGUUCCUAUGCUAUCCUGCAAACAGAUUUCGGCCUCCAAGUAUUAUAUGACUAUAACUGGUAUCUGCUUAUCACAAUCCCCAGUAGUUACUAUGGGGCCAUUUGCGGACUGUGUGGAAACUUCAAUCAAAACCCUGCAGAUGACAUGGCCUACCCCAAUGGCACAAAGGCUGCCUCCAUCGAAAGCUGGGCCAGCAGCUGGAAAGUCAAAGACGGGGACCCCUUUUGUUGGGAUCACUGCCAAGGGAAUUGCCCAACAUGUGAUGAGAGCAAGAGGGAGCAGUAUGGAAAGGAAGAUUACUGUGGGCUGAUCAGCCAAACCUCAGGGGGGCCCUUCAGAGAAUGCCAUGCCAAAGUGAAUCCAGAUGACUUUUUUGAUAGUUGUAUUUAUGAUGUGUGUCUCAACGGAGGGACCAAGAAAAUGCUUUGCCAGGCCUUGGAGGCCUAUGCUAAAACCUGUAGGAAAUCAGGGGCCACCAUAUAUGAUUGGAGGACAACCUCUGGCUGUGCCUUGCCGUGCCCUCAGAAUAGCCACUAUGAGUUCUGUGGCAAUGCCUGCCCCGCCAGCUGCGCCGACCGCAAUGCUCCCUCUGCCUGCAAACAGCCCUGCGUGGAAACCUGCCAGUGCAACGAUGGCUACGUCCUCAGCGUCGACAAGUGUGUGCCUGUCGGGAGCUGUGGCUGCACCUACAAUGGGCUCUACUACAAACCUAGAGAAGAAUUCUGGGCUGAUGAGACCUGUGGUUCCCGCUGCACAUGUGAUCCCACCCUGGGCAUCGUGGUGUGCAAACCAGCUGGCUGCAAAGCCAGUGAGCAGUGCACUGUGGUCAACGGUGUCCGUGGCUGUCACCCCAGUGUUUCUGCUACAUGCAUAGCAACUGGGGACCCUCACUAUACCACCUUUGAUGGGAAGAAAUUUGACUUCAUGGGUACCUGCAUCUACCAGCUGGCUGGGCUCUCCUCUAAGGACCCGACUCUCAAGCCUUUCACUGUCAGUGUGGAGAACAACCACCGGAGCAGCAACACAGAUGUUUCCUACACCAAGGUGGUGACUCUGAAAGUCUACAAUGCAACCAUCAUGUUGAGCCAGGAGUAUCCACAAAGAAUCCAGGUUAAUGGCAUUUUUGUGAACCUGCCUUUCUACCAAGGAGACAAGAUAAAGGCUUAUAUCAGUGGUGUUCAUGGCUUCAUCAAGACUGAUUUUGGCCUGAUUGUCACCUUCGACUGGAACAGCUACGCCAGAGUCACUGUACCCAGUGCAUAUGCCAACGCUGUUGGUGGCCUCUGUGGCAACAACAACUUGAACCCCAAUGAUGACUUCAUCAUGAAGGAUGGGAGACAAACGUCUAGCAUAUCCCAAUUUGCAGAGAGCUGGAAGGUGGCAGAGGUCCCUGGUUGUACGCCAGGUUGCACAGAGAAUUGCCCACCAUGUGAAGAGGCACAGAAACUCCCCUAUAAGGGUGAUCGAUUCUGUGGGGUCCUCAUCAAAAAGGACGGACCAUUCAGGCAAUGCCAUCAGCUCAUCGACCCAACACCCUACUUCACUGAUUGCAUCUUUGACGUCUGCCAGUAUCGUGGCCGGCACAGCAUUCUGUGUGAUGCCAUUGGUGUUUAUGUGGCAGCGUGUCAGGACCUGGGAGCUGUGAUUGAACAAUGGAGAUCUAACAAUUUCUGCAGCCUUGCCUGCUCAGCGAACUCUCGCUACGAGCUCUGCGGAAACGGCUGCCCUGCCACUUGCCGUGGUCUCUCGGCUCCUGAGGGGUGUAUGACGUCCUGCAAGGAAGGAUGCUAUUGCAAGCCUGGGUUUGUCUUGAGUGGGGACCAGUGUGUCCCUGUUGGCAGUUGUGGCUGUGAGCACCAGGGCAACUACUACAAGAAGGGAGAGGUUUUCUACCCUGGUUCCUCUUGCCAGGAACGUUGCCAAUGUGCAGACAAUGGAGUUGUCAAAUGCCAGAAAAUCUCCUGUGGGCCCCACGAGGAAUGUAGGGUAAAGGAUGGUGUCCCAGGCUGCCAUGCGGUAGGGUGCGGGAAAUGCAGUUUGGCUUUGGGCUCCCACUACGUAACUUUUGAUGGACGGGCCUACAACUUCCAAGGAACCUGCACUUAUACUUUAGCUAAAUUGCAAGGGAAGAAUUCUCAGCUGGCAAACUUCUCGGUGUUGGUGGAGAAUGACAGGUCACUGACCAAGACGCUUACAGUCUCUUUUCAUGGAUACACCGCUGUCAUUGAAAGGGCGAUGAAAUGGAAGCUCAAGGUGGAUGGACAGCUCUACACGCUGCCCAUGAAGACAAAGGAUGGGAAACUCUGGGCCAACCAGGAAGGCAACAAUAUCAUUGUCCAGUCUGACUUUGGUCUCAAAGUCCUUUUUGAUACCUUUUCGUACAUCUUGGUGUCUGUCCCCAGUAACUACCAGGGACAUGUCACUGGCCUCUGUGGUAAUUUCAACAGUGACAGGACCGAUGACUUUACUCAACCUACGGGGAAAAGCACCCAGAAUGUGAUCGAGUUUGGGGCCUCUUGGAAGGUUCCCAUUGAUGGUGUCAGAUGCUCCGAUGGUUGUGGAGAUAAAUGCCCCAUCUGUGAUGCAGCCAAGACAGCGCCGUACCGACCGGACAGUUCCUGCGGAAUGAUCCAAGCCAAAUCCGGCCCCUUCAGGAGCUGUCACUCCUUGGUAGACCCUGCUGAAUUCUUCAACCACUGUCUGUAUGACAUGUGUGCAGCCAAUGGUGCCAGAGAAACUCUCUGUAGGAGCAUCCAGGCCUACGUCACUGUAUGUCAGGCUGCAGGAGUUACAAUUGGAGCCUGGAGAACAAACAAUUUCUGCCCUCUCACUUGCCCACCCAACAGCCACUACGAGUUGUGUACAAGGACCUGUGGUUCCACCUGCACCAGCUUGUCCACUCCAGGCCAAUGUUCAAAGAAAUGCUUCGAAGGUUGUCAGUGUGACAGUGGCUACCUGUUUGACGGUGACAGGUGCGUGGCAAUGGAGAACUGUGGCUGCGUGCAUGAGGGGCGCUACAUCAAGGCUGGAGAGAAUAUUGUCUCAGAAGACUGCCUGAAAAAAUGCACUUGCCGCCCAUCAGGCCAACUGGUUUGUGCAGAAAACAGUUGCCAGCAAGGAGAAAUCUGUGCCCUCCAUAACGGUGUGCGCGGUUGCAUAAGGCCGAAUGGAGAAUGUGCCGUCCUCCCUGGAGCACACGUGACUUCCUUUGACGGUGUCUCUGGGAAAAUUCUAUAUCUAGGGGCUUACGAGGUUGCUACCCUUUGCAAUGGCAGUGACCCCUCUUGGUUCAAGAUCGUGGCAGUUGUCGACAAACACAACAGCUGGGAUUUGCCAGCUGUGACAACGAUACAUGUAUUUUUCAAAUGCCUGUUUCUCACUGUAAAACCGAACAAGGAGGCAUGGGCUAAUGGGCGCAAAAUUACGCUCCCAGCAAAGGUCUCUGAAGAUGCCCACGUGAGCCUCUCUCAAGACGGGAUAACUAUUCAUUUGGCCUCUGAAGUAAAAAUUCUGCUCGGACCUCGUGGGGAAAUGAAGACGCAAGUCUGUAAAAGCCUGGCAGCAAAGCUCUGUGCCUCCUGUGGGAACUUCAAUGGAAAUCGUGCUGAUGACCUGAAGCUGCCCAGUGGGAAGGUAGCAAGAAGCUUGUUUGAGGUCAUUGCUGUCUGGAAGGAGGGGGAAUUCUGUGCUAAGUGAGUGGCUCUGAGAAAGGUCUUUGACCAAAGAGGACAAUGAGGCCUAAAAGGUGCCUGAAGCAAAAUGAACCCUUCCCUAUGCUGCUUCUGGGAGAAACUUCGCAUUUAGGUUCUCAGGCAAAAUUCCUUGGUGUGGCAUAUUCCCUGGCUUCACAGUUCAAUGUUGCUCAACCUGUUAUCAGGUUUACUCUGACUGCCUAAUAAAAUGAUGACACUUU